UACCCAGCCAGGAUAAGACUGUUUUUCAAGGUUCCGUUGGGUCAAAGUCAUUACCAUCUACAGUAGAGCGUAUCUGUCAGAGACCACCCUAAGCAGAACCUAAACCAGAAAAUACUGUGUGUUCUAGUAGAAAUGUGAAUAUCGACAUGCAGUCUUGCAAAAACGUCCCUCUCAAAUUCUGAACCCUCUAGUCCUGAACCUCAGUUUCCAACCAGACUGAACAACAAGAACUCUAGUUUAAGGAAAAACAGAGGUAAAAAAAAAAAAUCGCGUUGGGAUAUUGUUGGACAAGACACCUCAGACAGUGAUAAUCCUCAGAAAUUGCCUUCCCAAGAAAGUAAACCUGCUGUGAAAAAGGUCAUCUCCGUCAAGAGAAUUGAGUUUUCUAAAGACGUCAGCCAGAAAGAGCCGUCUCUGAAGGGUCACUGAAAUGGGAAGCGGCGUUGAUCAAGAGAUUAAGCAAGAAAUUAUUAUCACACAAGAACACAGCUCAGCACCAAUAACUUUUGGGAACGACCAAUCAGAGUCCACAAACCCAACUGCACAACCAGGCACCUGUGAAACCAGCAGUGACCAUUUAGACACCAAACCCCACGUCAGCCAAAUGGAUGAYGAUCCCUCACUUUUAAAUAAUACCUCACAUGUAGACAGAGCUAGAAGGGAGCAGUGUAGGAAUGACGAUGGUAAUGAAGAGGAACCUAAAGRUGGCCMUCACAAGAGCAAACUGCUGAAGACACUAGUGUCGAGCCAGGACGGUGUAGGCCAAAGCGAGGACAGUGACACUGAUGAUUCAGAGUCGGACUCAGACUGCGGUGUUGCCGUGAAACGGAUGCACUCUGUGGUGGUUGUACCAAAGAAUUCCACCCUGACUCACUCGGACACAACAGACAAGCUUGCGUCUCCCUGCACUCCAAGCACUAGYCCAGGAUGUCAACAACACGCUAACAGGGCCAGUGGCCAAGAGGGUGACCUGAACAGGAAUGAGAUCCCAAGCAGRGUAAGCCCUCAGCAGAGACAUAGAGGCUUUCCCGCCAUGUGUGAGARCACUAGGCAGGCCAGUAAUCCUUGUGUUGAUGGAAGUCUCUCUGCACAUGACAUCAUGGUAUAUCAAUCACAGAGCAACAUGGUCGAUAGCACCAGCCAGCUCGAGGGCUCCAACGCCACCGAUGCCCAGCCUUCUAAGGAUCCUUAUAGCAGUGCCCGUGAGAGACCAAAGAUUGGUGACGCAACGGUGAGCCAGAUUGCUGCCCACAGCCUUGAGAACUCCUUCAGGCAGUCUGACACAGGGCAUCCACARCAUAAUGGAAGUGGCAGGGGUGGCGGGAUGCUUUCCCGUUACCAACAUGGAGACUUUGCUAGCUCUGAUGACUUCAACAGCAGUCUGGGCUGGGACUUCACACAGUCRGAGCAGCCCAGCAGUACGUACCAGCAGCCUGACAGCAGCUACGGGGCAUCCCAACAGCAUCCUAACACACAACAGCCAGGGAACUCUUCUUUGGGGCAGGUGUACAGGACAAACAAUGGGGCCUACUGGACCCAACUACCAACUACGACUCAACCCACCUGCAGACCGGUCUACCUCCAUGUGCCUGCAACACAUUAUCAGGAGCCUGUUGGUCAAGUCCAUCCUGACUCCUUGACUAAUGACUGUGAUGAGGACAGUGAGGGGAAACCAGCAGGCCUUAGUAGACUAGCUGUUGAAUGCAAUGGUCCCAAGCUUCCAGGCUCGCUAGCCUUCGUACAAGCCCAUGAAAUAAGCAGCAACUGCAGAGGCUCUGUCAACGCCACUCCAGAGAAUAUUUCYGUAGUUGAACCCCCCAGAGACAAGGACAACUCAAGGCCCCACAGAGGCAGGGSUCCUCCCAAGAAAAGGCGGCCAGAAAUGGAGUCCGAUUCGGACAGCGAGGCAGAACCUGUGCUGGCUAGCAAAAGGGAGCGACUGGCAGAAAGGGAGCUCCCCAAGGUCUCCAAAGAAUCCAGGGAGAUUCCAGGUCAGGCUGAGGUGCAGCGCCCUUUGCUCAGUCUGAGGGACUUCCGGGACGGCAGCAACUGGAGGGAGAUGGCAAGGUCUAAGAAGAUGCCACCAUACUUUGACCUGAUUGAGGAAAUGUAUCUGACUGAACGGAAGAAGAACAAGUCUCGAGACAUCAAGAGAAUGCAGUGUGAGUGCUCUAUGCUGUCGAGGGAGGAGCGCUCUCGUGGAAUGAUGGCUUGUGAGGACUGCCUUAACCGCCUGCUGAUGAUCGAGUGCUCAUCACGCUGCCUGAAUGAAGGCUACUGCUCCAACCGGCGCUUCCAGAUGAAACAGCAUGCAGACUUUGAGGUCAUCCUGACUGAAGAUAAGGGCUGGGGACUGAGGGCGGCCAGGGACCUGAUAUCAAACACUUUUGUGCUGGAGUACUGCGGAGAGGUGUUGGACCACAAGGAGUUCAAGACGCGGGUGAAAAAAUACGCUAGCAUGAAGAACAUCCACUACUAUUUCAUGGCCUUGAAGAAUAACGAGAUCAUAGACGCCACACUGAAGGGGAACUGCUCUCGCUUCAUGAACCACAGCUGUGAGCCCAACUGUGAGACCCAGAAG